CCACACGACUCUGAGCUCGGAUUUGGCCGCCUGCAGAGGUUGUGCUCGCUGCAGAAUGUCUGACAGGAAGAAGAAGAAAGUCACCAAAGCUGAACGAUUAAAGCAGCUACAGGAGGAGGAGGAAAGACGGCAAAAAGAGGAAGAGGAAGCCCGUGUGAAAUAUGAAAAAGAAGAAAUGGAAAGGCUUGAACUAGAACGGAUUGAGAAAGAAAAAUGGAAUCAACUCGAAUCAAAGGAUCUAGAAAGGAGAAAUGAAGAACUUGAAGAACUUUCUUUAUUAGAGAGGUGUUUUCCUGAAGCAGAGAAAUUGAAACAAGAUACUAGAUUGCUUUCUCAGUGGAAACACUACAUUCAAUGUGAUGGGAGUCCUGAUCCUUCAAUAGCCCCAGAAAUUAAUACUUUCAUUAGUCUAUGGAAAGAAGAAACAAAUGAGACCUUUGAGGAAGUGAUUGCAAAGAGUAAACUAGUGCUAAAUUUAAUUGAGAAAUUGAAAUUAAUUUUAUUGGAAACGCCACCAUAUUAUUUGGAAGAUAAAAAUAUCAUACAAUACCAAGGAUCAGUUCUAGAAAUGCAGGAGCUCCUUCAUCUUAAGUUUAAUAUAGCCACGGAAAUACUUCUCAGACAAGCUAGUACAUUAGCAGAUCUGGACAGUGGAAAUAUGGAAAAAGUCAUUCAAGAUGAAAAUGUUACUCUAUAUGUGUGGGCAAACCUCAAGAAGAAUCCAAGGUACAAAAGUGUCAGAUUCUCUGAAACACAAACUGGAUUUGAAAUUCCAAGGAUUUUGGCAACAAGUGACAUUGCUUUGCGACUCCUACAUACACACUAUGACCAUGUCACACCACUGCGCCCCAUCUCAACAUCAUUCCAAGGACAUACUACCAGAAUACCACAGUUUGUCAAAGAUGAAGUCAAGAGUGUAGAAGCAGCAAUCAGCAAAGAGCUCCCAGAAGAGAGUAAACAACUAGAAAAUGAGUCUAAAUCUGUUCACGAAGAAGAAGAAACAAAAUGUGAGGAACAAGGUGAUAUUGAAGUACAAACGAGUUUUGUCCAGGAAGAAUCUGACGCCACAAAAUGUGAACUGGAGAUGAAAUUAUUAAGUGAAACAGUUUUAUCAGCACAGUUGUUGCUGAUAGAGAAUGCUACUGAAAAACCGACUUUCUUUGAAGACAAUGAGGUCGACUUAUGCCAAUUUACAACCCUGGGUGGAGUGUACCAUUUGGAUAUUUUGGAGCUUCCCCCACAGUAUAAACCAAUGAAAAGCUGGAUGAUUGUGGAAAUACUCAAAGAAGGAUUGCAGAAAUACAUAUAUCCUCCAGAAACUACUGAAGAUGUAGAAACAGAAAAUGCUUUCCCACCCAUAAAGGUCACGCUUGAGGUUCAAGAGAAUGUAAUCUUUUUUGAGGAUCCUAUGGUUGCAAGGUGGGAUGCUGAAGGUAAACAUUGGCAAACUGAUGGCAUCAGCAAUGUCUCUUAUAAAUCAGAAGAAAGACUUAUAACAUUCAGCCUAGAAACGUUUGGCCCUGUUACCUUGAUUCAAGAUACUCAUGUUAAUAUGCCCUUCCAGUCAUGGGAACUAAGACCACUUGGUGUGAAUAAAGUACUUUUGACCGUGACUACAGUAUUUACUGAAGUUCAAAUACAAAUUAAGGAAAACCUCUGCAUGUUAACAUCAAUCAAACUAAGUGACAAAAAGCAUUCAUCUACUUUGGAAGGAAAAUGGAUGACUCCGAUUUCUUUCAUUUUUGCUUUGAAAGAAACUGGAUUAAAUAUCUUCCCUAGUGGACACUCUCAUUUUUAUGUUAUUAUAAAUUAUAAGGAUCCUUUGGUGGAAUUGAAAGCUUAUCGACAACUGGCCCUGCUAAGUUCUGCUUUUGCAUUUGGUUGGAGCAAGUGGAAUGUAGUAUGUACUUCAAAAAAAGUUAUAGUUAAGCUGAGUGAAUACCUUACUGAAGAACCUAUUCAGAAUCCUAAUUGGACCCUUUUAAUGUUUAGUGGUAACAGAGCACAAAGGCUCAAGAUCAACGAAAACAGUGAGACAUUCUCUGAAGCCCUUAAAGAAGAAACUGAGUUUCAUUCUACUUUAUAUCACAUGGUUAAGGAUUUUGCUUCCAAAGAAGCCAUGGAGAAAAUCAAGAGCUCCAACUGCCAGUUUAUUGACUCUGUGUGUUAUAUGCUACUCUCCACUAGAUUACUCAGCUAUUCUUAAUCCCCACUAUUAAAAUUGAUAAAUU